GAAUCGUGUUAUUAGGAGCUGAUAGUAUAUCCUAUCUUUUUGGGUGGCCACUGGUUACCUAAUACGGUAAAGUAUCGUGAUGGCACAGGCAACUGAUCAAUCCAUCGGAGUCAAGUCAACACCUCAGGAAACGGUGUCUUUGUGAAGUCUAGUGUUGAUCGCUCAGCGUGUUCCAUUAAAUGCGAAAGCAACUGCAGAUUGAAGUUGAACGGCACCCAGGAGCCCCUUGGAAUAACAUGAAUGAAUAACACCAUGGGCUGCUACACCAGCUGAUAAGGGACGGGCUAAAUACGGAAGCUCCAACAGGAAGUCCGCCGUAAAAGUUGUCAAAGCUCGCCAGCUAGCAAUGCGGCUCGGUGCUUUCAUUUAAUUCCCGAGGUGACAGCACCGAGAAGCCGUCUGCCUUCGCCGAGUGAGAUAACUAAAUACGCAACAUGGAGGACUCGAGUAGCAGCAAGCCGUUCAUGGUGACGUCCUCCCUGAACUUCAAAGUCACCACCCCGACCUUCUACAAUCAGCCAAAGAAGUUUGCCUCUGUGGCACCACCGCGGCCCAAAAGUCUGACGCCUCCCUCUGCUCCAUCCCCGACGCCAGUGGGCACAGCUGUGAUCGGUCGAGUGGGAGAUCUGCCUCCGCCGCCCCCUUCGCUCUGUGAUGACUUCCCACCCCCACCUCCCCCCCCUCCACUGGAUGAUGAUUUGCCGGCCCCUCCCCCCGAAUGCCAAACCAUAUCCUCUCCCUGUGAGGUCCCCCCUCCUGCCUUCCCGGCUCCACCUCCUGUAGCAGAUGAUCUGUCCCUCCCAGCUCCCCCUGAGGAGAGUGACUGUCCCCCGUCCUGCCUGUCUCCCCCUCCUCCCCCACCUCCUCCACCUCUCCCUGCCUCUGGUACCAGUAUUACCAAUGCUGCUGGAAACCCACAGCGGCUGGUGGGGAAGCAGACAAGCUUCGAUGAACAGCUCGACUCUCUAACUGACUUGUUGUCUGAGAUGGAGACCAGGGGUCCUUUCAACCCUAAGUUACCAAGCCAGUAUUCUUCAGCACCAGCACCCAAGCCUUCAGGUCCUCCCCCGACCGCUCCAAAACCAGCCCUCUCCUUCCUCCCACCCCCUGAGAUGGCAGACCGCCCGCCACCAGCACCCUGGGCAGAAGAACUCAAAGCCAGAACAAACCGACAUGCCAAUCACAACUCUGCUCCUCAGCCGCUCGCUAAGGCCCCGGUCGUGGCCCCAAAGUCUGGUUUCGGAGGGAGAACAGCAACAUCCUCAACCUCUCUGGCCCAAAAACUGAACCAGAACCUUAACCAGAACACCCCCCCAAUCAGUGUUACACCAAAACCUGCCCCUCCAUCUGCCGCCAGCUCUUUCCCUCCACCUCCGGCAGCUCCCCCUGCACCUCCUACUGUACCAAACAAUAUGGCAGCUGUCCCGGCCUCCAAUCAUAAGAGUUCUCCCUUUGCCAGUCAGAUGAACGCAAACCAAAACCCUCCUGCUGCAAUGCCUCCUCCUCAACCUAAGAUGUUGGUGUCUCCCCCAGCCUCUUUUAACCAACCAAUGAAGACUCCUCCCGCAGCAACGCCCUCACCCCCUGGCCCAGUUCCUAUCCCAGGUGGAGGCGUUCCUCUUAAUAUGAGGGAGGUGGAAGAGCUGGAGAGAAUGACCAAGGACUUCAUUAAAGACAUGGAUACCCAUGCACCUGUCAUCACCUCGGCUCCAACAGAGGUCUGUGGGAAGUGUGGCGAGGCUCUGUCCCGUACCCAGCCAGCGGUCAGGGCGAUGGAUAAACUCUUCCACUCAAACUGCUUCUGUUGCAUGAGCUGUCAUCGCCCCCUGCAGGGACUGCAGUUCUACGACAGGGACGGCGCACCUCAGUGUGAGGACUGCUACAUGAGCUCCCUGGCUGUGUGUUCCCGAUGUGGGGAGAGGAUCACAGACCGUGUGCUGAAGGCGGUGGGCCAGUGUUUCCACUCCCACUGUUUCCGCUGCAGCACCUGUUCCUGCACACUUGAGGGGGCGCCCUUCAUCACUGAUGACAACAACAACCCCUACUGUGUCCAGGAUUACCACAGGCGUUUCUCCCCUCUGUGCGUGAGCUGCAAUGAACCCAUUAUUCCAGCCCAGGGCAGCGAGGAGACUGUCAGAGUGGUGGCUCUUGACAAGAACUUCCACCUUAAGUGUUACCGUUGUGAGGAUUGUGCUCGCCCUCUCUCCAUAGAAGCAGAUGAAAAUGGCUGCUAUCCGUUGGAUGGCAAGAUCCUGUGUAUGAAGUGCCACACUCAGCGAGCAAAGCAAGCUGCUAAGUGAUUGGCUGAAACUCCGAUUAACUAUGAACCAAAAUCCAAAAGCACAGGAUUCAUUCCGCAGCCGCUUUGCUUCUGCAACAGAGCUGUAUGGCGUAUAUCUGUGCGCAGGUGUGAGUGUGCUGUGUAAAAAGGUAUGUCUGCAUGCAAAUACAUUGUAGUAUUCCCCCCUUUGUUCACUUCAGUGCAGAAGUAAUGUACUGCAUUGAAAUAAACCCGCCAUCUUUCAUUCCCAAUCUCAAACGCUCCAAUCUCUCAUCUAGUCCUAUUGAUGAAAGUAUUUUUUGUGCCAAUUCUAUGUUUACGCUUACAUUUCCAGCAUAACUUGCACAAAAAUAGUUUUGGCAAAACAACAGUAAUGAAUAUAAAGCUGCCUUUCUUUGUCUUUACUCUCGUAUCGUUAGUAGCGCUAUAUACUGAGACAUUUCCGUCUAAAGACUGACUGGUGGGUCUAUUUCCAUAUGAGCAUUGUAACUAUAGCGAUGAUACAGUCAUAUUGUUACCAUAGGGUGAGGAGUACCAGAGACGUCCUAUUUGACCACUCUACAUAUUUCACCACUCUGGUUGGCUGUUCGUAGAGCUUUAACAUCUUUAACUUGGCAGUUGUUUUGCCUGCAAGCAUGUUUAUGUUUGCUUUCCUGCCUAGAAAGUGCUUUAUAUCAGCCGACUAUUCAGCAUUCUGACGUCCUCUAGGGCUGAACGUCAUAUUAAAAAAUUGCUCUUAGUUUUUUGUGGCGUGAAUUUUAUAAUUAACAGGCAUACAUAUAUGUACAUGUUAUAUACAUCUAUGUAUAUUUGCUCUCUUUGAUCAUAUAGACUGUAUAAGGGCAGGAUUAGAAGAAAGUUGUUCUGCUCAUAAAAUGGUCUGGAGCUGAUUUAAUGGUGUAAUGAAAGAUGCAUGCUGUUUGAAUGGACACAUAUUGAUCAAACAGACGAGCACAGAUUACAGGAAUCACACAAAAACGUGGAUAUAAAUGUCAGCUGUGUGGCUGAAAGCCGGACCUAUCAAGGUUGCACAGUUCCAUGAUGACAUAAAAUAUCCUUUCAGAGUCACUUUGACUCUGAAGCCGCCGCACAUGAUCAAUUUUUGUAUUAGUAAACAUCUAGAAACUUGAUGGUAUUUUUGAUAUGCUCUUCCUUGGAAUCUCAUGCUUUCAAGAAUAUCAUUUAUAGACGUAAAAAAAAAAUGUAUUCAGUAGUAAAGUUAUACUGAAUGUGUGCCAGCGCUAAAUUAAAGCAGAUAGAUCAAGUAGAGGCAUUAGCUUUUAAUCAUUUUAAAUAACAGAUUUUAAAAUCUAGUGACCAAAUAUUUCAACGCUGUUGGCAGGAUUAAGGUCAAUAAACCCGUUUCUCACCUUUUUUUGUGUUUAAGCCCAUUUCUUCUGGUCUUUAUCUAUUCUAUUAUUAAAGUAAAUACCACUAUUAUUCAUCUUUUGUACUUAAGUGUGAUUAUGAUGUUGUAUACUAUUUUAAUCUUCUCAUACUGUACUGUAUUUCCUUGAUAAAUGCUUACAAUUGUUUUCAUUUUGAAGCUGGAGCUGUGCCUUCUCCACUAUUGUAUACAUUGUUCCUCUUUUAAUUGAGCCUUCUUUGCAGCUGCAGAAAUUCAUUCCACUGUAAGAAAUCAGUUGUUAUUCGUGCUUUCAUCGAGGUGCAGUAUAACUCCAGAAUGACUUGUAUGGCCGUAUUUGUUCAGCAUUGCAUGCAAUCUGUGUAGAUGGUGGCGGUAUUUCUUCUAGUUGUAUGUCUUUUGUCUGCAACAACUACGCCACCUUUGUAGCUCUGCCUUUUGUCAUCACUAUGGGAUUUUAAACGUAUGAUGAUGCCUUGAGUUGCAUUUAUCUGGCGUUUUGUGUUGUAUUACAUGCGGAUGCCUUGUCUUUUCAGUUAAUUUUUCGAUAAGUUCCUGUUUGAUAUGCGUGAAUGUGUAUAUGUUUAAAAACUUUAUUUAGCCCCUCCCUCUCUGGCUGUAUCAAAAGAUAAACAAAUAAACCGAAUGCUAAGUACAAAGUC